AUGCUUGCCAUGUUAGAAUAUGACCCUUUGGUGUUUCGGCCACAACGUUCACUGCCAGCGAUUUUCGCCCCCCCACUGUCCAUGCUGCCAACAUCCCGUUACAAGGAACGACGAGCAGACCUCAUCUUGAGCAUACCUAUUUACAAGGUACCACCGACAGCGAAACGAAGCUCUUGGGGUCACAUUGGGCUGAGUUAUACUCAAGGCGGUGCGACAGGCCCUUAUGUGGACAAACUGGUGGCAGUGAUCGAUCAUAGCAGUUGUUUAUUUGCCCCUGAGCGUUCUACCUCGCGAGUGGUGCAAUCCUAUCCAGCCCAGCUCAGCCCGAAGUAUCUGGCUUCCUCCGCACAUUGGGUUAGGAAAAUAGCUGGAGUUUUCCUGGUCCUCCAAAGCCACCUAGGAGACUUGAGCCUGCCUUCCUCCAACCUUACACCGCCUCUGAGUCUAGCCCCUUCAAAUUGGCGGUAUUACUGUUAUCCUUCGUUUCAGACGUCGCUUGUACUCAGGGGUCGGAUGGCAGGUUGCGCACAUCUCGUGGGCGACUCCUGCACUAUGCCGCCGAUACCUUCCAACCCUUAUCACAGUAUCCAACAACUACACGACCCCUAUGUUUGCUAUAUAGAGCGCUAA